AUGGAGCAAUUCACCCCCAAGGAGGUGCGCAUUUUGGAGAGCGCGGAAGACAUCCAGGAGCGGCGCGAUCAAGUGUUGAACCGCUACAGUGAGUUUAAGCUCGAGACGCGCCAGAAGCGCGAAAAGUUGGAAGAUUCGCGUCGCUUCCAGUAUUUCAAGCGUGAUUCGGAUGAGCUGGAAAGCUGGAUUAACGAGAAGCUGCAGGCGGCCAGCGAGGAGAGCUACCGCGAUCCAACCAAUCUGCAGGCGAAGAUUCAGAAGCACCAGGCUUUCGAGGCGGAAGUAUCGGCCCAUAGCAACGCGAUCGUCGUUCUGGACAACACCGGGCAGGAGAUGAUCAAUCAGGGCCAUUUCGCGUCCGAGACGAUCCAGCGACGGUUGGAUGAGUUGCAGCGUCUCUGGGAGCUGCUGCUGUCCAGGUUGGCGGAGAAGGGCAUGAAGCUACAGCAGGCGUUGGUGUUGGUGCAGUUUUUGCGCCACUGCGAGGAGGUAAUGUUCUGGAUCAAGGACAAGGAAGCGUUCGUGACGGCCGACGAGUUUGGGCAGGAUCUCGAGCACGUCGAGGUGCUGCAGCGCAAGUUCGACGAGUUCCAGAAGGAUAUGGCCUCGCAGGAGUACCGCGUGACGGAGGUGAACGAGCUGGCGGACAAGCUGCUGUUCGGUGGGCACCCGGAGCGCGAAACAAUCACGCGCAAGAAGGAGGAAUUGAACGAGGCGUGGCAGCGCCUGAAGCAGCUGGCCAUUCUGCGUCAGGAGAAGCUAUUCGGGGCGCACGAAAUCCAGCGCUUCAAUCGCGACGCAGAUGAAACGGUGGCGUGGAUUGCGGAGAAGGAUGUCGUGCUCUCGUCGGACGAUUAUGGGCGCGAUCUGGCCAGCGUUCAGGCGCUGCAACGCAAGCACGAAGGCGUCGAGCGAGAUCUGGCGGCUCUCGAGGAUAAGGUGGCUGCCCUGGGCACGGAAGCUGGUCGCCUGUGCAGCAUCCACGCCGAUCAUAGUGAGCAGAUUCGCGAAAAGCAAGCGGAAAUUGCCGCCUACUGGCAGUCGCUCACGGCGAAGGCGAAGGAACGCAAGCAGAAGCUCGAUGAGUCGUACUUUUUGCACCGCUUUUUGGCCGAUUUCCGUGAUCUGGUGUCGUGGAUCAACGGUAUGAAGGCGAUCAUUUCGGCGGACGAGCUGGCGAAGGAUGUGGCUGGGGCGGAGGCACUGCUCGAGCGCCACCAGGAGCACAAGGGUGAGAUUGAUGCCCGCGUCGAUAGCUUCAAGCUCACGACGGAAGCCGGUCGGCAGCUGCUGGAGCGCGAACAUUACGCCGCGGCCGAGGUGCAGGAAAAGCUAGCGGCACUCGAAAACGACAAAAGUUCGCUGCUGGUGCUGUGGGAAGAUCGGCGCAUUCUGUACGAGCAGUGCAUGGACCUGCAGCUAUUCUACCGUGACACGGAACAGGCGGACACGUGGAUGGCAAAGCAGGAGGCGUUCCUUGCGAACGAAGAUCUCGGAGACUCGCUGGAUUCGGUCGAAGCGUUGAUCAAGAAGCACGAAGAUUUCGAGAAGAGCUUGGCGGCGCAAGAGGAGAAGAUUAAGGCGCUCGAUGUGUUUGCGACAAAGCUGAUCGAUGGACAGCAUUACGCGGCCGAUGACGUUGCCCAGAGACGUGCAAUGUUGUUGGCCCGCCGUUCGGCCCUGCAGGAGAAAUCGUCCGUUCGGCAGCAGCUGCUCGAGGACUCGAACGGUUUGCAGCAGUUUGAGCGCGAUUGCGACGAAACUAAGGGAUGGAUCAGCGAGAAGCUAAAAUUUGCCACCGACGACAGCUACCUCGAUCCGACGAAUCUGAACGGUAAGGUGCAGAAGCACACAAACUUCGAGCACGAGUUGACGGCGAACAAGAGUCGUAUCGAGGACAUUACGGCCACGGGACAGACGCUGGUCGAGCGGGGUCAUUACGCAGCCGACAAGGUGAAUGCGCGCAUGCAAGAGAUCGUGACGCUGUGGGAAUCGCUGGUGCGCGCCUCGGAUAAGAAGGGUUGCAAGCUGCAGGAAGCAUCACAGCAGCAGCAGUUCAACCGGACGGUUGAAGAUAUUGAGCUGUGGCUGAGCGAGGUCGAGGGCCAACUGAUGUCCGAGGACUACGGUAAGGAUCUGACGAGCGUUCAGAAUCUGCAGAAGAAGCAGGCACUACUGGAGGCUGACGUAAUGGCCCACCAGGAUCGCAUCGAGGGCAUCAAGGUUGCGGCGAACAAGUUCGUCGAGAGUGGCCACUUUGAUGCGGACAAUAUCCGCGCAAAGGAAGGUGCCCUCUCGAAGCGAUACGCAGCGCUGGCGGAGCCGAUGGCUACGCGCAAGCAGCGACUGCUCGACUCGCUGCAGGUACAGCAGCUGUUCCGCGAUUUGGAAGAUGAAGCGGCCUGGAUUCGGGAGAAGGAACCUGUUGCCGCGUCCACCAACCGGGGCCGGGACCUGAUUGGUGUGCAGAAUCUGAUCAAGAAGCACCAGGCGGUGCUGGCGGAGAUCAAUAACCACGAGAAUCGUUGUGCCGGCGUCAUCUCAAACGGAGAACAGAUGCUGACCGAGCAGCCGACGUCGAGCGAAGAAAUUAAGCUGCGCCUGGACGCGCUCAAAGAUCAGUGGAACUCGCUGAAGGAGAAGUCGAACCAACGCAAGCAGGAUCUGGAAGACUCGCUGCAGGCGCACCAGUACUUUGCCGAUGCCAACGAAGCUGAGUCGUGGAUGCGCGAGAAGGAACCGAUCGUGUCGAAUCAGGACUACGGCAAGGAUGAGGAUUCGUCCGAGGCACUGCUGAAGAAACACGAGGCCCUCGUUUCGGACUUGGAAGCGUUCGGCAAUACGAUCCAGGCGUUGCAGGAACAGGCGAAGAACUGCCGUCAGCAGGAGACGCCCGUUGUAGACAUUACCGGCAAGGAGUGCGUGAUGGCUCUGUACGACUACACGGAAAAGUCGCCUCGCGAGGUGUCGAUGAAGAAGGGUGACGUGCUGACGCUGCUAAACUCGAACAACAAGGACUGGUGGAAGGUAGAGGUGAACGAUCGCCAGGGAUUCGUACCGGCAGCCUACAUCAAGAAGAUUGAUCCGGGGCUGAGCGCCAGUCAGCAAAAUCUGAUCGAUGGCCACUCGAUCGCGAAGCGCCAGGCGCAGAUCAACAGCCAGUACGACAAUCUGCUGGCAUUGGCACGCGAGCGCCAGAACAAGCUGAACGAAACGGUGAAGGCGUACGUGUUGGUGCGCGAAGCGGCCGAUCUGGCGACGUGGAUCAAGGACAAGGAGAGCCACGCCCAGAUCAAGGACGUUGGCGAAGACCUGGAGGAAGUGGAGGUGCUGCAGAAGAAGUUCGAUGACUUCAACGACGAUCUGAAGGCGAACGAGGUCCGGUUGGCGAAGCUGAACGAGAUCGCCAUCCAGCUGACGUCGCUCGGUCAGACGGAAGCCGCACUGAAGAUCAAAACUCAGAUCCAGACGCUCAAUGAAGAGUGGGCCACACUGCAGACGAUCACUCAAGAGCGGGCCAGCCAGCUCGGAUCGGCCCACGAAGUGCAGCGGUUCCAUCGGGAUGUGGACGAAACGAAGGAUUGGAUCGCGGAGAAGGAAAACGCGCUGAACAACGACGAGUUGGGUCGGGACCUGCGGGGCGUGCAGACGUUGCAGCGCAAACACGAAGGACUCGAGCGUGAUCUGGCCGCUUUGCAGGAUAAGAUUCGCCAGCUGGACGAAACUGCCAACCGGUUGAUGCAAUCGCAUCCGGACACUGCCGAGCAAACGUACGCCAAGCAGAAGGAAAUCAAUGAGGAGUGGCAGCAGGUGGUGACGAAGGCACAGCAGCGCAAGGAGAAAUUGCUCGACUCGUACGAUCUGCAGCGCUUCCUGAGCGACUAUCGUGAUCUGUCCGCGUGGAUCAGCUCGAUGAUGGGCUUGGUAACGUCGGAGGAAUUGGCCAACGAUGUGACCGGUGCGGAAGCACUGAUCGAACGUCACCAGAACCAUCGUGCCGAAAUAGAUUUUCGUUGCGGUAUCCCGCAGGAGCACCGGACGGAGGUAGAUGCUCGUGCUGGCACGUUCUCUGCGUUCGAGCAAUUCGGCAACGAGCUGCUCCAGGCAAACCACUACGCCGCACCGGAGAUUCAAGAGAAGAUUGAAAAUCUGGCCAAGGCGCGCGAGGAGCUGGAGCGUGCCUGGACGGCGCGACGUUUGCAGCUAGACCAGAACCUGGAUCUUCAGUUGUAUCUACGCGACUGCGAACAGGCCGAGAACUGGAUGAGUGCACGUGAAGCGUUCCUGAAUGCGGAGGAGGUCGACUCGAAGGGUGACAACGUGGAGGCGCUGAUCAAGAAGCACGAGGACUUUGACAAAGCGAUCAACGGGCACGAGGAGAAGAUUGGUGCGCUGCAAGUGUUGGCGGAUCAGCUGAUCGCGCAAGAGCACUAUGCCGGCAAGCUGAUCGAUGACAAGCGGCAGGAGGUGUUGGACCGCUGGCGUCACCUGAAGGAGGAUCUGAUCGAGAAGCGUUCGCGACUCGGCGAUGAGCAGACGUUGCAGCAGUUCUCACGCGAUGCGGAUGAAAUCGAAAACUGGAUCGCCGAAAAAUUGCAGCUGGCUACGGAGGAGAGCUACAAGGAUCCGGCGAACAUUCAGUCGAAGCACCAGAAGCACCAGGCUUUUGAGGCUGAACUGGCGGCCAACGCCGAUCGUAUUCAGAGCGUGCUCGCAAUGGGCAGUAACCUGAUCGAUCGCAAUCAGUGCAGCGGUUCGGAGGAGGCCGUGCAGAAGCGCCUGACGCAGAUCGCUGAUCAGUGGGAGUACUUGACGCAAAAGACGACGGAAAAGUCACUGAAGCUUAAGGAAGCAAACAAGCAACGCACGUACAUUGCCGCGGUGAAGGAUCUGGACUUUUGGCUGGGCGAGGUGGAGAGUCUGUUGACGUCGGAAGACGCUGGCAAGGAUCUGGCGUCGGUGCAGAAUCUGAUGAAGAAGCAUCAGCUGGUUGAGGCGGACAUUCACGCGCACGACGAUCGCAUCAAGGACAUGAAUGCGCAGGCGGAUUCGUUGGUCGAGAGCGGCCAGUUCGACAGCGCCGGCAUUCAGGAGAAACGACAGUCGAUCAACGAGCGCUACGAACGCAUCCGCAACCUGGCCGCUCACCGUCAGGCUCGGCUGAACGAAGCGAACACACUGCACCAGUUCUUCCGUGACAUUGCGGACGAAGAGAGCUGGAUCAAGGAGAAGAAGCUGUUGGUCGGAUCGGACGAUUACGGACGUGAUUUGACCGGUGUGCAGAACCUGAAGAAGAAGCACAAGCGCCUGGAGGCAGAACUGGCUUCACACGAGCCUGCCAUUCAGGCUGUGCAGGAAGCGGGCGAAAAGCUGAUGGAUGUGUCGAACUUGGGUGUGCCGGAGAUUGAACAGCGUUUGAAGGCGCUAAAUCAGGCGUGGACCGAGCUGAAGGGUCUGGCGGCUACCCGUGGCCAGAAGCUGGACGAAUCGCUGAUCUAUCAGCAGUUCCUGGCGAAGGUUGAGGAGGAAGAGGCCUGGAUCACCGAGAAGCAGCAGUUGCUGUCGGUCGAAGACUACGGUGAUUCGAUGGCCGCCGUACAAGGUUUGCUGAAGAAGCACGAUGCUUUCGAGACGGACUUUAAGGCCCAUCGCGAUCGCUGCUCGGACAUCCGCGAUCACGGCCAAACGCUGGUCACGAACAACAAUCAUCACGGGGACAGUAUUUCGCAGCGCUGCGUGCAGCUGGACAGGAAGCUGGAGAAUCUGCAGGCGUUAGCCACACGACGCAAAACGGCACUGUUGGACAACUUUGCCUACUUGCAGUUCAUGUGGAAGGCGGACGUGGUGGAGAGCUGGAUUGCCGAUAAGGAGAAUCACGUCAAGUCGGAAGAGUUUGGCCGUGAUUUGUCCACCGUUCAAACGUUGCUCACCAAGCAGGAGACAUUCGAUGCUGGUCUCUCAGCGUUUGAGCAUGAAGGCAUCCACAACAUCACGGUGCUGAAAGAUCAGCUGAUCAGCACCAGCCACGCCCAGUCGCCGGCGAUUUUGCAGCGCCACGAAGACGUGCUGACCCGCUGGCAGAAGUUGCGGGCUGAUUCGGAGGCUCGCAAGUAUCGGCUGCUGAACAUGCAGGAUCAGUUCCGUCAGAUCGAGGAUCUGUACCUAACGUUCGCCAAGAAGGCUUCGGCGUUCAACUCUUGGUUCGAGAAUGCGGAAGAAGAUCUCACCGAUCCAGUGCGUUGUAACUCGAUCGAGGAGAUCAAGGCAUUGCGCGAGGCCCAUGCCGCCUUCCAGGCGUCACUGUCUUCCGCUCAGGUCGACUUCCAAGCUUUGGCGGCCCUGGAUCAGAAGAUUAAGAGCUUCAACGUGGGGCCGAAUCCGUACACCUGGUUCACGAUGGAAGCGCUCGAGGACACGUGGCGCAACCUGCAGAAGAUCAUCGAGGAGCGCGAUGCUGAGUUGGCGAAGGAAGUCCACCGCCAGGAGGAGAACGAUAAGCUGCGCAAGGAGUUUGCCAAGCACGCCAACCUGUUCCACCAGUGGUUGACGGAAACGAGAUACAACAUUCUUGGCUGGGAUCUGAAUGGAACGUCGCUGAUGGAUGGUUCCGGUUCACUGGAAGAGCAGUUCGAGGCACUGUGUCACAAGGCGAACGAAAUUCGUGCUCGGCGUGGUGAUUUGAAGAAGAUCGAAGAGUUGGGUGCAACGCUGGAGGAGCACUUGAUUCUAGACAAUCGUUACACCGAACACUCGACGGUCGGCCUGGCGCAGCAGUGGGAUCAGCUCGAUCAACUGGCCAUGCGCAUGCAGCACAACCUGAAACAACAGAUCCAGGCACGCAACCAGUCGGGCGUGUCGGAAGACUCGCUGAAGGAGUUCUCGAUGAUGUUCAAGCACUUCGACAAGGACAAGAGCGGCAAACUGAACCACCAGGAAUUCAAGUCGUGUCUGCGAGCCCUCGGUUACGAUCUGCCCAUGGUGGAGGAAGGCCAACCGGACCCGGAGUUUGAAGAAAUCCUCAACGUGGUCGACCCGAACCGCGACGGUCAGGUGUCGCUCCAGGAAUACAUUGCCUUCAUGAUCUCGAAGGAAACAGAGAAUGUGCAGAGCUUCGAGGAGAUCGAAAACGCCUUCCGCGCAAUCACCGCCUCCGAUCCGCGUCCACGACCGUACGUCACGAAGGAGGAGCUGUACUCGAACCUCACCAAAGAUAUGGCCGACUACUGUGUGCAGCGCAUGAAACCGUACAACGACCCGAAGACCGGUCAUCCGAUCACGGGCGCACUGGAUUACGUGGAGUUCACCAGAACCUUAUUCCAAAAUUAAAUAUCCCCCAAAAACCGUGUUGUUUGCAACCUGCCUCUAUAUUCGUUUUGCUAUUACGAUCGAAUUUUUAACGCAUUUUGACGAUAAGUUCCGAAGAAAGUGGGGUCCGCCCGCGUGACGGGGACAAAUAAUAUAUUUACUUUGAUUUUAUAUAUUUAUAUAUGCGCAAGCGAAAUAAUGUGUAGCGUUUUAGACGCGUGUCCUUCCUUCCGCUGACAAAAUCAAAAACAACGUUCGUCGCUUCUUGUCUUCGCUUUUAGAAGCUCCGUAUCAUGGAUGGUAGCACGCGAACCUCAAAAGAUUAAAUGGAACAGAAAAAAUGGUUCAUUUCUGGUCAUUUUCUCGUUUGAAAUUGACUUUGAAUGAAAGCGUCGCUCUGAUAAACGCUCGUAGAAUGCUAUCUCUGUCGAAACGUGCUUGUUACGCGUAACAGUUUUACGCUAAACAUUUUACAUGCUCGCUAACAUCCAGUUAGAUGGGCACGAGGCCUUUGUUUACAGCAAAACCGAAGUCUUUACCUUUUGAACGCAUAAAACAAUAAUACCCCUUGGUAGGCGGAAGGAUGUGCAAGACGAAACAUUCAAAUAUAGUAAUAUAAUGACGCGCGCGUUGACGUUAUGAGCACUUCUGCACACAAAACAAACAUUUAUCUAAAUGUAUUACUAUUUAUCUCGUGCAUCACUCUAUGCAAAGCGAACGACAACGGUUCGCGAAAUAUUGGUACACUUUCUCCUUAAAAUACAUAUAC